CAUAGCAUUUCAUUUCAAAGUUUUUGUUGUUAUAUCUUUUGUAUUUGUAUUCGCAAUUUCUUUAAAUAUUUUAGCAAAUAUUUAAUUGUUUGUGGUGUUAAUAUCAUUACACUUUAAAUUAGCAACGAAUUAACUAUUGUAAUGAGUAAUGAACUGCUGCAAUACUUAUUGCAAGGCUCAAGCAAUUUGUCGCCGAAUGCAAAAGAAAUAUUCUUACUCCACGCUGAAGAUGAGUUUAAUAAGGGAAAUAUGUUAAAUUCAAUAUUUUAUCAAGUACGCGCGCUUUUUCAAUCUUUUCUCGAUAACUACAUGGAGGAAGCAUAUUGGAACACGACGCACUUCAAAGAAGCAAAAAUUAUGAGUCAAAUGAAUGAUUGGGAAAAGGAGGACUUUAAAAGUAAUCCCUUGAUGCAAUAUGCAGUAAAGACGUUAGCGGAGAAAAAUAAAACUAAAAACGAAAAAUGUGAUUGCUGUCCCAAAUCUAUUGGCUAUAAUUUCUUGCAAAAUAUCACGGAUUCUGUAAAAGGCAUAGAGCAAAUCAAAAAAAUUUGUGCUGAAUUUCCAACGCAAUGGACCAUAUUGCAAAUAUGCAAAGGACCACUGGCAAGGACCACCUAUUCCAUUUAUCCACAGAUACAUGAAAGCGAUGCGUGCAUUUAUUUGACAAUAUUACGUCAUGUUCGAAGUGCUAAAUAUCCUAACCCAAUAUGCAUACGUUUAAGUAGUCCCAAGCAAAAGCAAUUAUACCGAGAUAUGGCAGUCAUCCCAUUGGAAUUCAAACAACACGUCAAUAUCAAUGGACAAACAUUAGAUAAAGAAGCCAAAAAAAGAUAUUGGGAUGUGCUUGGCGAAUGUAAUACAAAAAUUAUCAAAGUUUUAGAAGACUUCAAAGAGUUUCUAUAUCCAUGGUGUUUCUUAUUUCGAGGAAAACCGUUCCCUUCGCCAAAUGUCGAAGCUUAUGAAAACAAAGCAUUUAAAUCUGUUGAUGAGUUCUGCAAUACUUACAAAUGGGGAUCUAAGGAACGUGUGAUAUUGUCUUUAGCCGCGUUGCAUGUGCAGUCAAUUUCACAGCUGGAACUGUUUGCUAUUUGCAAUACAUUAACUGAUAAAGAAAGAGAGCAAACCAAAGCUGCCAGUCUUUUAUUUGAACUGAAAGUAACUUCUUUUAAAUAUAAGGAGUCUAUUAAAGAUUGGAAAGCGUCAAAUAACUAUCCUUGCAUUCUGGUUGUCGAUGAACGUUUGGAUCAUUUCUUUUGGGAAGAGAUAAGUGUUGGACAAGAAUAUACCCGUGUGAACAACCUGCAAAUGCUCUAUACACUUUUCAGUAGUCACAAAGAAAAAAUUAAAAAUGGUUACUUAAAAGUGAAUAUAACAAAUGGAGCCUGUGUGAUUAAUCCUGAUAGUAACUUACCUAAUACGGAAAAGCGUAUGUCUAAAUUUUUUCAGUAUUGGUUGCCACAUUGGCAAAUGAACAUUGGCAAUAAGCCUACUCAGGAUCAACUACUUAAACAAUUCUUCAAACAAUCAUGCUAUGUCUAUGCUGGUCAUGGAUCUGGUCUACAAUAUAUACACGGUAAAUACAUUGCUAAGCAACAUAUGAAUUGUGUAGUGUUUCUCUUUGGUUGCGAUUCCUCACGUCUGCAUUCAAAUGGUCUUUACAGUGAAAUGGUGGGCCCGCAUCUCUAUUACCAUGCAGCGAAGUGUCCGACACUGGUAGGCACAAUAAUGCCUGCUUUAGACUCAAAUAUGGAUACUGUGGCAUCCUGUUUAUUGAGUAGUUGGAUAGCACCUAAGUCAUGGAAAGAUAUUAUACCUUGGACUUCCAUAGAAUUUCCAAAAUGGUGUAAAGAAGGCAUCAUAAAACCUGAUACCACAAAUAAAAACCAAAGUCUACUGAAGAACAGUUACAAUAAAGGUAGUUUAUGUGCUCUGAUCGCAAAAGUACAUCAACGCAAAACCGAAGUAAAACACUACAAUACCGUACCUUAUGUUUGCCGUGGCUUACCAGCUUGGAACGUCAAUGUAGAAAAUUUACCAUAAUAGUCAUAAUAACUUGUAAUUUAUUUUAAAUAAUUUAUAAAUUUUAAUUAUUGUUUUAUAUUUUAUAUUUUAAUUUCUUGCAAUAUAUCUUAAAAUUAAUUUUAGUUCAAAUCAUGCAAUCGAAUUGUUAAAAAUAGUCGUUAUUAAUUUAGUUUAUAAUUGUGAAAGGUAUUAAGAAAAAAUAGGAAUUUACAUGUAUUCGUCAUUGUUAAAACGCAAGCUAUAAUUCGUAAUCCAUUUGCUAGUAAUCAAUAUAUUUGUAUUAUUCAGCUUAAGGUCGAUUAAUAUAUUCAUUAAAGUUCUACACAAAGCGCAUUUUUAGCCUUAAUAGUAUUUUUAAAUAAGAGAUAGCGAAUGCGUUAAAAACAAGUUGAAAACUUUUCGAUAUAACUUACUUUAUCUGUUUAUGUGUGCGACCAAUAUUUAAUACUUUUUGUUAAUAAUUGUUUUAUAAGCAGAAUUACUCUAAGUAGAUAUAAGUACCAUAUCUACUAAGUAGAUGUUAGUACUAUAUCAACUAAGUAGAUAUAAGUACCAUAUCUACUAAGUAGAUAUAAGUACCAUAUCUACUAAGUAGAUAUUAGUACCAUAUCUACUAAGUAGAUAUUAGUACCAUCUCUACUAAGUAGAUAUUAGCACCAUAUCUACUUAGAGUAACAUAUUAUGUAUAUGUGUUUUUUUAUUUAUCAUAUUUUAAAAUACUC